GUUUCCGGAACGACUUAUGCUCGCAAUCCAAGGUUUUACUGUACUUUAUAUUUAAUCAUCCCGUGUGCUUUAUUUGAUGUUCAUGGGAAGAUGUAAUACAAAAACAUUAUUUCAUACCUACGUGACUUUACCGAAAGAACCAAAGAGUAUGGAUUCCUGCAGUGAUGAAAGCUUUAAAUCUAGAUUAGGAAGUGUAUCACAUUGUGUUUUUUUAAAAUUGCUUUCCUUAGGGAGUAUGACAAACUGAAAGAGAAUCUCAAAUUGGUGGUAGAAGAAAAGGAUCGAAUGCAAAGGGAGCGUCUUUCAUUCCAAAGUCGGCUGCAGAGAGUAUCCGCAAAGUUAGAACAGACAGAGGAGCAGCUGAAGGUCACCACGGAAGACGUCCAACAAGCAGACAAGGAAAUUCUGAGCCUUAAGAAGAAGGUGGAUUUCCUGCAGAAGACCCUCAGUUCACCAUGCCGAGCUAAUGAAGCCAUCAUCCGGCUAAUACAGGAAAGCCCAGCGCCACUGGAGCUGCGGAGGCCAGAAAGGGGGCAGUUCGUGCAUCUCGACCCGGACGGAUUCUACAGCCCGGACACGCCGGAGCCGCCUCCCCAGCCGGGCACCUCCGCAGGCGGCCCUGCCAAGCGCAAGCACGCCGACGGCUUGGCCGAGAAAGCCGCAAAGCUUAGCAAGGCAGCUCCUUCUCACAACAAGGAUGAGAAUGACAGCGAGGAUGAUAUCAAGAUGUCGCACUUUCUGAAGACCUCAACGCUGUUCAAGAAAAGGUCAUACGUGGGCACACCCAAGGGCUGCUCGACAAAAGGCUCGGUGCGGACAGGUUUUGAUGGGAUGGGAGGAAGAACAAAGUUCAUUGAACCUACCAACGUGACUGAAAUCCGCCCGGUGCUGGUGCCGAUUAAGAAGAAAGUGGGCCGUCCACCCGGCGGGCUGGCGCGGUGCCCUCACAAAAUAACCGUGCCGGAAAACCAGCCCAAGCUAGACGUCUUCCUCCAGUGACGACGUUGCACCGCCACCACCGCCUUGCAGUUCACCCUCAACCAGGGGUGGAGCCAGGAUUUUGACUUUGGGGGGGGGCUGACUUCAAUAUUCUGAGAUAUCCAGUGUAAUGUUUUUCAA